GCGUGGCGCGGGAAUGGAGGGGCAGCUGGAGAGCUCGGCCGUGGAGCCGGGCGGGCAGCCGGCGGUGGAGCGGGAAGUGGUGGAGCAGCUGGAGAACUCUGCCGUGGAGCCGGGCGGGCAGCGGGAAGUGGUGGAGCCGGGAGGGCAGCGGGAAGUGGUGGAGGUGAUGGAGAACCCGGCCGUGGAGCUGGGCGAGCAGCGGGAAGUGAUAGAGCAGCUGGAGAGCCCGGCUGGGGGGCUGGGAGGGCAGCGAGAGGUGGUGGAGCAGCUGGAGAACCCGGCUGUGGGGCUGGGAGGGCAGCGAGAGGUGGUGGAGCAGUUGGGCAGCCUGGCCAUGGGGCCGGGCGGGGAGCAGGAGGUGGUGGACCAGCUGGAGGACCUCGCCGUGGAGUCGGGCCAGCAGCGGGAGGUGGUGGAGCAGCUGGAGAGCCUAGCUUUGGAGCCGGGCGGGCAGGGGGAGAACCUGGCCUUGGGGCCGGGCGGGCAGCUGGAGGUGGUGGAGCAGCUGGAGAAGCCGGCCGUGGGGCCAGGCGGGCAGCUGGAGGUGGUGGAGCAGAUGGAGAGCCUGCCCGUGGGGCCGGGCGGGCAGCGGCAGGCCGACCAGGAGAUGGUGCAGAGCCCUGCGGAGGGCGGUGGGGAAGUCCAAGCCCCUCUGCCCUCAGCCGCGGGACCGGCCCCCGCCUGGCCCCGCUCUCCCGUUGCCGCCGUGCCCUCGUCGGACUCGGACAGUGAUACAGAUUCAGAUAGUUCAUCAACUACACUCUUCUCUUCAUCUUCAUCAGCAGUAUCUGAUGAAGAUGAUCAUCCAAAUGAGAAGGAAAACAGGUCUUACUGUCUUAGGACAAAGGAUGAGUUGCCUAUUGAUAAACUGCCUCCUGUUGAAGACUUAGCAAUAAUUCUUCCAGAUAAUGUUGAACUGAAGCUCUUUGGGACAGUUUCCAGCGUCAUUGAGCAGCUAGUAAUAAUUGAAUCACUGAGAGGCCUACCUCCAAUAAAUGAGGAAAGCAUAAUUUUUAAAGAAGAUCGGCAAGCAGUAGGAAAGAUAUUUGAGAUAUUUGGUCCUGUGUCACAUCCUUUUUAUGUGAUAAGAUUUAACAACUCUGAGCAUAUCAAAGAGAAAGGUAUUAAUGUGCAAGAUAGCAUGUAUUUCGCUCCAUCAGUAGAGGACUUCACCCAGUAUAUAUUUGCAGAAAAACUAAAACAGGAAAAAGGUUCAGAUGCGUCUUGGAAGAAUGACCAAGAACCACCACCUGAAGUUUUGGAUUUCAGUGAUGAUGAAGAAGAAAGAGAGGCAAAACAGAAGAAAAAGAAGCCUCAAAGUCAAGGAAGGAAGAAAGUCAGAUCAGAAACAGUUCCAUCAAGUGAGAAUAAAGAACUUCAUUACCCAGUGCAACAGCCUGCUUCAACUUACUCAAGGGGAUACCGUGGCAGAGGGUUCUCCAGAGAUCUAUAUCCUCCUCCAUCAGGCCCUCGAGGGUUUUUCAGACCGCAAGUAAGACCACCACAGCUGUACUUUUCAGACUGGAGAAUACACCAGGAACCACCAGUGCUUCCACCACCUCAUAGAAGAGAAAAUGCAAUGAUGCAACAGUAUGCAUUUCCUCCUCCAGAUUUUGGUUAUGUCAGUGAUUGGCAUCGAUUCCACCCUCCACCUUCAAAUAUGAAUAUGAUGUGGACAGGCCCAAACAUGUACAAUUUAUCCUAUUCAUUUCUGCCGCCACCACCACCACCGCCGCCACCACCUCCUCCAGACAGCCAUCCUCCUCAGUUCAGGCCCUACUGAGAUUUCAUAUGGGUCCAUGUAGAGCACUGCAGUUUACAGGGAGAAAGAACAGCCUGCCAGGACUGCAUUCCCUUAUUUUGCAGAUGCUUUUACUGCAGCGGUAGAACAAAUGCGAGUUUUGUGCUUUGUGGGACAUCUUUAAGAAAUUAUUUUUUUCUAUGUAUGUGUUCUGUUUCCAAAAAGAAAUUUAUAAUAUAAAAGUAACUGAAUAUUGAGUAAUAGUUUAUUUUUAUAGUAUCUUCUACUUUAAAAUGAUAAAUAAAUGCCUUUUGGAGAUUGGUA